UGCGCCCUCUUGUGGCGACCGGACUGACUUUAAAAAUGGCGGCCUGUAUGAAAAAGUAAAACCCGUCUGCAGAAUUUAAAAAAGUUGGUGAAAGUUUGGUUUUUAGUUGACUUUCGUGAUGACAGUUAUUUUGUUCAGAUGGAGGUAUUGAAGAAAGUAUACCCGAGGACCUUCACUCUGUCUGAAUAUCUGGAAGCAGUCGGCUGUCCAGGUCUUAUUCAACCCCAAGACAAAGUUGGCUUUCGCACAUUUGUACAAACGACUGUCCUCACUGAGCAUGACGGUGCCCUGCAGCUCGGGUUACAGACAGACUUCAGGCAUUGUUCCCAUCAGGUGGAGGUCGUGGCCAAGGCCGUACAGAUAUUGAGAUCACGUGGCGUGGCCAUGACGAAGAACGUCCUGCUGUUUGGAAAGGUUCAAACCAAGGAAUGGGGCAUUCCUGAAUCAAAUAACCAGGCCCUGGUGAAGAUGCCCUUCUGGGAGAUCCUCCUGGCCAGGGUUGGUGAUGAGGUCAUGCUCCACUUGUUGGUCAACCUGUCCGUGUUUCUGUUUGCUCCUCCGUCUUGCUACAUCCAAGUCUGUGGUGUCCCGAUCUAUGACUUGGUCUCAAGACCAUCCAAGGCUCUCCAUCAUCCAGCCAGUAUGAAGACUGGGCCAGAUGUUGCUUCCAAGUCAUUUACCAUGAUAAGUGUCUGUCAUUGCAAGAAAGGCUGUAGUACACUCCCCAAAUCACACCCUCUGGAGUGCUUGCCAGCCAGUAAUUCAGGAGCGAGGAAGCUGCUCAGCAGUGUGAUGCCAGCACAGACAGCUCUGAAGCCGGCCAAACAAGGCAGGACAAAGAUUCUCAGAACACGGCGACGAUUCAUCCCAAUGCAGAUGCUUCUGAAGGAGAUCUUGGUCGCUCACAAGAAGACAAACAUCACUGCCCUUCUAGACGCUCACUGCCCAACCCAGAGGCAAGGGGUCGCCAGUGAAGGAUCCCCAACCCUACAAGACCUGUUGAAUAACACCAUGGAACCCUGGAGGGUGUUCCUUUUCCUGAGGGGGGUCUUGUUGAGGGCCAUUCCAUUUCCAGUGUGGGGAUCCAUGCACAAUCGUCGGGCCUUCUUCAAGUUUGUGGAAAGGUUCACUAAACUUGGAAAAAGUGAAAAGCUGGACUCUGAGCAACUCACGAAGAAAAUUAACGGGGUGGAUUGUGAGUGGACUCAGCUGAAGAAGCUUCGAGGUCGCUCGCCUUGUCAUUCUGAUGUCAUGAUGCAGCGACGGAUGGUGUCCAGCCUACUCUCUUGGAUCAUGUCAGAUUACGUCAUGGCUCUCCUAAAGAUGGCAUUUUACGUCACAGAGACCUCGGCUUCGCGCAACGGAGUUGUGUAUUACCGUAAAUCGACCUGGAACAUGCUGGAGAAGAUAGGCUUAGAACAAUGCAAAGCCUCUGGAAACUUAAAGCCCAUCACUGAUAAACUGGCAGAAAGCUUUGUCGCAUCGGGGGCCUCCUUUGGCUGUUCCUCACUGCGCUUUGUGCCCAAGGCCAGCAGCCUGAGGCCCAUCACCAACAUGAAGCAGGCAGCCAGGGCCGGCAAGCAGAGUGUCUCCAUAAACACUCUGCUGGAAGACGUUUACAGCAUCUUGACAUUCCAUCGCUCUGGGCAACCUUCCUGCCUAGGCUCGUCCCUCUUCAGCAUCAACGAGGCCUACCAGAAGUGGAAGCAGUUUGUGCUGGAAUACAGGAAACAGGAAAGCAGGCCUUUGUACUUUGUCAAAGUGGACAUCAGUCAGUGUUAUGACUCUAUUCCUCACAUUGCCUUGCUCAGUGUCAUAACGGAACUCCUCAAAUUGAAGUCCAAGAAUCAACUCUUCACCAUCCACCGCUACGUGGCCGUGACUCAGGGAGGCGGCACCCCCAGGAGGGCAUUCCGCAGACAUGCUCACCUGGAGGAGGGCCGUCACCUGACCUUCCAUCAGAUGCUGCUGGCGCAGGCACGGGAGGAACAGUGGAAGAGUGCGGUCCUCGUCAACAGGGUGUGGAGCCAUUCAACCUCAGCUGAGCAGGUGAUGGCUUCACUGAAGAAACAUGUCGGCUGUGACAUAGUCAAGUUUGGGGGCCGGCAUUUCCUGAGGCAGAAGGGAAUUCCUCAAGGUUCCACCGUCUCCUCCUUGCUCUGCAACUUCUUCUAUGCUGCCAUGGAAACCAGAUGCCUGCCUCCAAUGACACAAGACGAGUUGAUGAUGCGACUGCUGGAUGAUUUCUUGCUUGUGACACCGAAUCUCGAGAAAGCGGAAUCUUUCCUCAGAGUAUUAUUAAAUGGUCUACCAGAGUACGGUUGCCAGACCAAUCCAACAAAGACACUGACCAAUUUCCCUUUUGUGUUUGACGGUCGUCAAGUCCAGAGCGUCGGCCCAUCAGACAUGUUUCCGUGGUGUGGGCUUUUGUUCAACACAAAGACGCUGGAAGUGUGCAACGACUUCACCCGGUACAAGGAUGUUAGCAUACGGUAUACUCUGACUGUGGACAGCUCCGGGGCCGUCAUCAGUAAAGUCAAGGCCAAGCUUUUACAGGCUCUGCAGGCCAAGUGUGUUGGUUUCUUUCUUGACCCAGAGGUCAAUAUUCAUCCCACAAUCAGGAGGAAUUGCUACGAACUGCUGUUGAUGUCUGCGUUCAGAUUUCACAGUCUGCUGCGAGUUCUCCCUCACAACUGCAAGACGGGUACUAGUGCGCCAAGGAGGCUUCUGGGUGUUCUAUUCAGACUGACUGACAAGCUGCACAGGUUAGGAUGCCCACUCAGAAAAUCUGAAACAAAGUGGUUGUGUUUAACAGCCUUCCAGACGAAGCUGCAACUGCACCAAGGCAGCUACAGACGACUCCUGAAACUCAUCACGAAAACACAGAGGAAGGUCUCCAAGCACGUGCCACAAGCAGAUAUGAUAGCCCUGGUGACAGCAUGCACGCCAGCCCUGCCACAGGCCUUCAAGGCCAUGAGAACCUAACCCAGUACCCCUUCACUCACGCCACAGCCAGGUAAGAUAGAAAGUGCACUCAGUCCCCGGGCACAGUACAAGGAUAAAAAGUCUACAAAGAAUAAACCAAAGCGCACAGCACUUCUGAGGAGCUAUUUUUCCCGACACUGUGGUCAAUUUGUCACUUAAGUGACCAGAAAAAAAAUUGAAGUGAUUGAUGCUUGUCUGGAAGUUUUGAAAAAGUUGAUUAACUUUUACACAAAAUCGGGGACACUUAAUUUAGCGACAAUUUUGCCAGAACUUGCAACAGUCACACACAAAAAAAAUCUAGAUCGCUUGAAUACAAGCAUUUGGACUCAAGGAAAAUUGGAUUAAGUACCUUUUUGCUCUUCUUUUUAAUAUCAAUAUUACAUCAUUAAAUAGAGCUCAAGAAAAUAUCCACAAAAUGCCAGAAUUAUUAUGCAUACCAUUUUUAAAAGUUAACUUCUGCUAGGCAUGAUUUUUUUUUGUCAAAACAACAUACAAAACUCAAAAAUAUCAGCAAAAUUUAGCAACUUCAUGACAAAGCAUAUGAAAAAUAACAAAGUGAAAACAUAAAAUAAUUCCAAAAUGGGACCAGCCCACUUACCGUAAAUUAAUGGAUGUUGUGAUUUAAAAUCCCUACCUUGAGAACCAAAAUGAAAGGAACAUGAGUAGGAUUGAUACAGCACAUGCAGAAUCUUUGUCACUGAAAUAUGCACAGAAAAGUACAAUAUGCUCUCUAAAAUUGCUUAAACACCUGUACUACAGUGUUGGAGUUACAUUGUACUAUGCCCUAAUUUCUGCUGAUCAAGUAUUUUACUGGAAGAUACAUGUCAAUGGACUUGGAAGUGGCAAAUUUUAUACGUCAAUUUUCUUGAUCCUGUUUCAGUGUGGAUACACUGUCUUACAGUGAGAACGGUUAACUGUACCUCUUUGAAAAAACAGCAGAAUAUGCAUGUAAUUAUGCUCGGUUAUGCUUUAAGAGAAUUUUACUCUACCCUGCCUUUUCAAGUCACUCAUGAAAUGUGGUCUUUCAGCCUUGUCUGGGGCAGUCUUGUCAAGUAACAGUUUUAAUAGCAGAAAUAUUGAUAUUCAGAAUAGGGUAACUUUCCAUUUGCAAGUUUUACACGUACAUUACCUGCGAUGGAGAUAUAUGUAGCUUUAGUCUUUACAAAUUUUGUUCGGAAUGGACAGUGUGUAUUUAUUUGGUAAGUUAUCUUUUAUGUCGUUACAAGCAAAACUGAAGGAAAGCUUACAUGCCAAUGAAAACAGUUCAUGUAUAAUUUACAAAGACUUAUUACUGAUUUCAUCUUUAACAAAUGCAAAACAUUUCCUGCUGUUCACUCUGAAACUGAGUAAGCAUUUUCAUCACAUUCACAUAUUUUUAAAACCAGAUUUUACAAAAAGUAAAAAAAAAAGCAUUUUACAUGCCAUCAACAGUUACCGAACUGUGGCAAAAAUUAAACCACGCAAAUAAUCGAAAACAGUUAUAAAAAUUACACAAAACUCAAUUGCACCCUGGUGAAUCAAACUCAUUUCAUAAAAAACAAUCCGUGCCCCGCAAGCACAAGAAGGGCAUAUUUUCAACUGCAUUACAUGUACUUAUAAAAUCAAAUGUUUACUUUUUGUGUCUACCAUACUGUUAAAGUCACGGGUUAAACAUUACUUUUACACCUCAUAAUAGGAAUUGGAAGAGAUCUUUGACAUGCUUGCAUUUGUUACAGAUUUGAACAUUUUUCAUGUACAUGUACAAGCACAGAAAUAAGGUCACACACCCUAUUAUUUACAUACAUGUAUAUAAUUUCAAACACCCACAACAUUAGACUUUCCAAUGCAUGUAGAUACAGUGUGUGUUAAUCAAUACUACACAUCAUGUACAUUGCUGCUGUUUUAACCACUUCAGGCCAGGUAAAAAGUUCCCUUGAACUACAAGCUGCCGGGCGGUGUUUUAUGAUUUUGAUUUUGACAUUCGUAUUCAUCAUACUUUUAUAUGAAUCGUUGUCGGGCGCUUUAAAAAAAUGCCAUUGUUAUGUUUAUUAGGCUGUUACAUAAUGGCUUCUUUGAUCGCCCUUGGCCCUGCCAGGAACGACAAACAAUGGCCAGGCUGGCCUCGAGCGAGCGCUGUGGCACUUCAUGCCAUUGUACUUUACAAUAGGAGGAUUACAGCUUAUGGUGACUCAUAGCAGUCAGUCCGGUCCCCAUCUAAGGCCGCCCGGCUGUGUGGAUCAGAAGAAUGUCGCCCAUAUGGGCUCAACCGGCGCUAAGUGGUUAACAGAGAGAGGAGAGCUUAAACCUAUAACCUAACACAAAAUUUAACCUCAUACCCAAGGACACCAUUACCAUCAUUAAUGCAUCAAAUGUAGGAUACUCUACAUUACAAAAUACAAGUGUAAUUUUCUAAGUUCUAGUUGUAAAUGGCAGAAGAGAUAAAAAUAGGUUAAUACUGUGCAAGACUUAUAAUGGAAUUUGAGAUCAUUUCGUUUCCAUUUUUUUCUUCCAUUUUCUUCGACAUUCUGUAGCAAAAUUCUGCAUAGCACAAGUACGUACAGUUUAUAUGAAAAUGUAUUACUGAAGUGUUGAGAAGAUGGGACCAGCCCACUUUUAUGACAGUUGCUGAGUGAAAUUCAGUUUUCACGGACACAGCCAAGUAAGGAAUAUUGAAGGGGGGGAGGAAAAUAGGA